GACACCAAGGGGCCGCCGGCACCGCCGCGCCAGGGCCUCGGCACCCUGAGCCGCGGCCACCUGCAGCGCUUGGCCAUCGCCCAGUCGCGGGUGCUCAUCGCGGCAGGGGUCCCCACGGUGCCCGUGAAGAACCUGAGCGGCUCCAGCCCCGUGAACCCGGCGCUGGCAGGCAUCACGGGCAUCCUCAUGAGCGCCGCGGGGCUGCCCGUGUGCCUCACGCGGCCCCCCAAGCUGGUGCUGCACCCGCCGCCCGUCAGCAAGAGCGACAUCCAGGCCAUCCCCGGCCUCUCGCACACGUGCCGCAAGACCACCAAGAAGCAGGCCAAGAAGGGCAAAACCCCGGAGGAGGUCCUCAAAAAGUACCUGCAGAAGGUGCGGCACCCGCCGGACGAGGACUGCACCAUCUGCAUGGAGCGCCUCUCGGCGCCCUCGGGCUACAAGGGCCCGCAGCCGCCCGCCAAGCCCGAGCUCGUGGGCMAGCUGGCCCGCUGCGGGCACGUCUUCCACCUGCACUGCCUCGUCGCCAUGUACAACAACGGCAACAAGGACGGGAGCCUGCAGUGCCCGACCUGCAAAACCAUCUACGGGGUGAAGACGGGCACGCAGCCGCCCGGGAAGAUGGAGUAUCACCUCAUCCCGCACGCGCUGCCCGGCCACGCCGACUGCAAAACCAUCCGCAUCAUCUACAACAUCCCGCCGGGCGUGCAGGGACCGGAGCACCCGAACCCUGGGAAAAACUUCACGGCCCGCGGCUUCCCGCGGCACUGCUACCUGCCGGACAGUGAGAAGGGCAGGAAGGUACUGAAGCUGCUGCUGGUGGCCUGGGACCGGCGCCUCAUCUUYGCCAUCGGGACCUCGAGCACCACRGGCGAGUCGGACACGGUGAUCUGGAACGAGAUCCACCACAAGACGGAGUUCGGCUCCAACCUCACGGGCCACGGCUACCCCGACGGCAACUACCUGGACAACGUGCUGGCCGAGCUCGCGGCGCAGGGCAUCACCGAGGAGAGCUUGGCCCAGGACAAGGACUGAGACUGCGCUGGGGAGGCGAGGAAGGGGCCGAGCUGCUGCUGUCCAUCGGCCCCAGGUACCUGCCUCUGCCUCCCCGUGCCCUGGCUCUCUGCUCCUCUCCUGCCCUGAUACUCCAAGGACAAAGGUGUCCGAGAAGCCUGGCUGGAGCUUAGUGUGGAGGAGCUGGAGAGCUCCCGUCCCUGGUGCUCAGUCAGUGGGAGCAGCCCCAUGCUGGGACUGGGAGAAGGUCCUUUUGGACAGCGCCUUCCCUGCCCUGGAGUUUGGCUUGGCCCUGAGCUCCGGGAGGGCGAGUGAAGUCUGGAAGCGGCCUCUGUGGUGGCAGCGAGGGAGCCGCGCGGCYCCGUGGGAUCCGGCCUUGUGAGGGCCGCUCUGUCAGCGCCGCAGGAGCCGGGAGGAUUCGAGCCAGCUUGGGGCCGCCGUGUCCCGUCGCCCACCGCUGUCGUGGCAGGAGCCGGA